AUGGAAGGGCAAGCGGCGCACUUCAAUGAGAAUAUGUUCUACGGAUGUGUUCGCGAUUCAACAUUUGGUGCGAUAGUUCGCAUGAUAACGCGCGGAACUGUUUUCAAAUUUCUGGAUGAGCGCGAUCCGGACAUGUGGAAGACGCUUAUAGACCGGAAAAUAUCUAAAGAUACGAUCCAUCUCGGUACUGCUAAUCCGAGUAGCGGCAACCGAGAUCUGGAGCGCAAUCCGAUCAAUUGGUCUACUGGCAAAAAGAUAUUCGUGACGUUUCUCAUCUGCUUUCUGACAACGAGUGUCUACAUUGGCUCCGCGAUUUACUCAGCCGGCAUACCAGACUUCAUGGUACAGUUCGGCGUAUCUCAGGUCGCCGCUACCUUGGGAUUGACUCUUUUCGUCGCUGGUUACGGACUGGGUCCAAUGCUGUGGUCGCCGAUGUCUGAAGUUCCUCAGGUUGGUCGCAACCCUAUCUACAUCGGCACGCUCUUCGUCUUUGUGUUUUUGCAGUUUGCUGUCAUUUACGCCACCAAUUUCGGCAUGUUCCUCGCGUUUCGGUUCUUAACAGGAUUCUUCGGUUCCCCAGUCCUCGCGACAGGUGGUGCGACUUUGGCGGACAUGUAUGCACCUAAGCAACGCGCGUAUGCUAUGUCAAUCUGGGGUAUAGCUGCUGUUUGCGGUCCCACUAUGGGCCCUCUCGUUGGUGGAUUUGCCGCUCAAGCCAAGGGUUGGACAUGGACGAUCUGGGAGUUGUUUUGGUUGUCCGGAUUUGCGCUCGUUGUGUUGUUUUUUCUUUUACCAGAAACGAGUGCAAAUAACAUCCUGUACCGUCGAACAAAGCGAUUGCGCAAAAGUCUGCGCAACGACAAAUUGGUUUGCCAACCGGAACUGAUGAGCCAGGAUAUGGCCGCAAAGGAUAUAGUUAUGAUGAUUCUUGUCCGCCCCAUCACCCUCAACUUUUUAGAGCCUAUGGUCUUCCUGCUCAAUUUAUAUAUUGCGCUCAUAUAUGGGCUGUUGUACAUAUGGUUUGAAUCUUUCCCUAUUGUGUUCGUUGAGAUUUAUGGUUUCAACCUUGGUGAGGAGGGUCUCGCAUUCCUUGGUAUCCUCCUUGGCGCUAUCAUAGUUAUUGUUCCAUUUUUCUGGUACUUGAAAAAGUAUGUCGAGCCACGUGUUGGCCUAGAUGGAAGCAUCAAACCCGAGGACAGACUGCCAGCUGCCUGUGUGGGAGCUUUUGCGAUUCCAAUCUGUUUGUUCUGGUUUGGUUGGGCCUCUAGACCAGAUGUGCACUGGAUUGUCCCCAUUAUCGGAUCGAGCUGGUUUUCUAUAGGCACCUUCUUGCUCUUCAAUUCUGUACUCAACUAUCUGCCAGAUGCAUAUCCUGAGUAUGCUGCAUCGGUUCUUGCUGGAAAUGAUCUUUUCAGGAGCAGCUUUGGUGCCGGUUUUCCUCUGUUUGCAAGCGCAAUGUACCGUAAUCUUGGAGUAGCCUGGGCAAGUUCCACGCUAGCUUUCCUCAGUAUUACAUUCAUUCCCAUUCCGUUCGUAUUGCUAAAAUUUGGGGAAACCUUGAGGAAGAACCAUAGUAAGCACGCGAGAAAAGAUAUUUAAAAGACAUGACAGAUUCCAGAAACAGAACGAAAAUUAUGAUAUAGAGAUAGAUAUUCAUGCAUAGAGGUGGGAGAUGUUUCUUGUAAGGAAUACUAGCCAUAGCUAUUUAC